GGUGGGGGUUGGGUAUUUGUGAUUAGCCUUGAGUUGAUCCCUCGGGAGCAGAUGGUGAAUGGUGGCUUACCUACAGAAGACGCCCUGAAUUCCAGGAGCUAGUUUGUGUCCACGCUGCAAACAGUGGCGCUGAAGUUGACGAAGACAUAGUAAGAAGGCUCAUGAGACAGCAGCGCUCAGAGACAGAUUGAAACCAUUACAUAACUCAGGCAGGACGUGACAUCAUGUGGCUGAGAGACCUGAGUGUUGCCUCCGUUGUGCUACUGCUAUGUGUCCAAUGUCUGCACGGAUCGGCUCUUCCUGCCAUGUCCUCCUAUGAGUUCACAGCCUACCGGAUGCAACAGUACAACUUGGCACAACAUAAGCAUGGUUGCCGUGGAGCUAUCGUGGUGGCAGAGGCACGCUCAGCAGAGGAGCCGGUUCUGACUCGCCGCUGUGUCAUCAUGAAGGUGCUGGACUUCACCACAGACAAAUACCUUGAGGCCAAGAGGCAAAAUGCUGCUGCCAUCCUGAUCCUGCUGCCCAGAAAUAUCUCCAGCAUCCCCCAGGAGACUGUACAGUCUUUCAUGGUGAGUGAGAGUAAAGCCUUGCUAAAGGAGACGCUCAUGCCCGUGUAUGUGGCGCCUGAGGAUGAACAGCUGCUUUACAUGUAUGACGAGGUCAAGCAAGCUGCAGCCACCCGGACCUCAUCUAUAUUCGUUAGAGUCCUUCGAAGCAUGGUCACAGCUACAGCCUUUCAGAUCUUAGUGAGCAACAGUGUUCCUAUUAAGGGCUUCACUGACAACGCCAUUGCAACACUGGAGGGGGUGCUUCCCGGAGCAGGGGAGGAUGUACCCACCAUUGUCAUCACUGCCCACUAUGAUUCCUUUGGGCUGGCACCAUGGUUGGCAUAUGGAGCAGACUCUAAUGGCAGUGGGGUCACCAUCCUGCUCGAGUUGGCGCGUCUCUUCCAAAAGCUUUAUAGUAGCUCAAGCACCAUACCACCAUAUAAUUUAUUGUUCUCCUUAACCGGAGGAGGAAAGUACAAUUUCCUUGGCACAAAGAGAUGGAUUGAAGAGAAUCUGGACCAUGCUGAGACCAGCCUACUUCAUGACAAUGUGGAAUUUGUGCUGUGUUUGGAUACACUGGGCAACAGUGAUGAACUGUACGUGCACGUGUCCCGCCCUCCUAAACCCGAGACGCCCGUGCACUCUUUCCUGCAACAGCUGGAGGAGGUGGUGUCCUCCAGAUUUCCCCAUGUGAAGGUGGGACUGGUCCAUAAGAAGAUCAAUCUUGUGGAGUCCACAGUAGCCUGGGAGCAUGAGCGAUACAGCCUGCGCAAGAUACCAAGUUUCACUCUGUCACAUCUGGAAGACCCCAAAUCUGAGCUCCGUGGCUCCAUGCUAGACACCAUGUCACAAGUGGAUUUCAGGAAAAUGAAGCGUAACGGUAUCAUCGUAGCAGAAGCACUGGCACGUUAUAUGUACAAUCUCUCUGGCAAGGGUUCACCUAAAGAUGUUCAGGUUUUCAAAGGCCAAUUGGACUUUCAUGACGGUCGCAUGUCCAGUCUGAUGUCCUUCCUGACGUCAGUCCCUCGAGCCACCCAGCUGCUGGAUAAGGAGCCCAGUCACAUCCUUCUGGUUAACUCACUGGAGCAUGACUUGAAACGUAACCUGCAGCAAGUUCACAGACAUGCCUUCCGACAGGACAGGAGGGACCCUGAUAUUACCUUUUUUGAUCAAAUGAACCCACCAGUAGUGAUGUACAGAGUGAAGCCUGCUGCCUUUGAUCUCUUCCUCGGGGGCUGCAUUGCUGCUUAUUUGGGGAUUGUUUAUUAUACCAUUCAGAAUUGUGGUUAUCUCUACACAAAGCUCAAAGCAGCAAUGAAAUCCAAACACGAGUAAAUAAGACUGGGAAUACUGAGUCUAUGACCAGGGUUUGGAAGUCUGCAUCGCAAAAUGUUGGAGCUCUGCUUCACUGGCUGUGCAAAACAUGAAAGAAAAGCAACAACAAUCUUCUAAGACUAAUCAAAUGCCCAACUUACAAAGUGUGCAUUUGCUUUGGAAAUGUAUUUUGUCCAUACAUCCACUGUACUGUAAACCAUUUAUUAUAUAAAGAAACUGGAAUUUUGAGAGAUGUACUGUAAACACAAUAAAUAAAGGCGGAGUUUGGGAUUU